AUGACCCUUCCAUCGCAGCACACUACCCGUAUCAACCAGCAGGAAAUCAUUCCUGCGAAGAACGACGUCGGGGCAUUGGCUAACAGAAUCAACACGGAGACAAGGAGUCUUCACAACCAGAUCGACAAGAUGGUCACGCUCAAGUUUGCUCUUGCUGUCAGGGACCCAAAAAUCUACAGACAGGGUAUUCAGAUGUUCUACCACAUCUUCAGCGCUAUCGAAGACUGCUUGGAGCGGGAGUUGAGCGGCAACAACAAGUACACAGAGAUGUUCAAAGCCAUCUACAAGCCCCAGAUGCUUAGAAGAGCGAAGUUGCACCGGGACUUGAUGUUCUUCUACGACGGGCACGAGGAGAAGUUCGAGAAGCCGAUUCUCACCAAGCAGAUUGAGUUUGCCGACUACAUCCGCAAAACGACUGCAGAGCACCCAUACCUUUUACUGGCAUACAUGCACGUGCUCUACUUGGCGCUCUUUGCCGGUGGAAGAAUCAUGUCCUCGCAGGUUACCAAGAGUCUACGGCUCUUCCCUCAGGUUGAGGGCAAGUCGUAUGACGAGAUUGUGGCCGAGGGCACGAACUUCUACAAGUUCGACGUGGAGGACAUGGAGGUGCUCAGAAUCCUCUACAAGAGGGACUACGAGCUCCAGACAAGAAACUUCUUGACCGAGGAGGAGAAGGAGGAGAUCAUCAACGAGUCCAAGUACAUCUUCAAGGAGACUGCCGAGGGCAUCAAGGAGAUCGAGAAUCACAAUCUACAGAGAAUCAAGGGCACCAUCGGAUACCACGUCUUCACCAAGGGGUACUACGCGGCGAUCUCCGUGCUGCUUGUGCUCAUCUGCUACAUUGCAAAGAGAAUUGUGUUUGCGCUGCUACACUAG